AAUUUUUAUAAUAUAAAAAUAAAUCAAUUUCUUGCAUGAUUUUGGAAUAUCGCGAAAUUUUUAAUUACAGUCAACAUCAAAAUGAAAGUUGGCGAUUUUUUAAAUAUUGAUUCAACUGGAUCUUUAAAGAGAAAAAGCGUUUCUUCAUCAGAUCGACCGUUAAAGAUGUUGAAGAGCGGCCAUGAAAAAAAUGCAUUAAUGAUAUUAUACGAAUUAAACAUUAAUGUACAAUAUACAGUGGAAAGUGAAGGACCAGAUCAUUGUCGCAUAUUUACCGUAUCUCUUGAAAUCGAUAAUCAAAAAUUUUCCGGCCGAGGUAGUUCUAAACAAACGGCGAAACAUAUUGCUGCAGAGAAGGCAUUAGCUGCAAUUGGUUAUGUUGGUAAUUUGGUUAAAUAUUCUGAGAAAAGACACGAACAUAACGUAAUGAAUACCGAUGUAGGAGGAAAACACCCCGUUGAGCUACUAAACGAACUUCAUUCGGAUUUGAAAUUUAAUGUAAUAAAAGAAAAUAAGUCAGUUCUUUUGGCGAGGUUCACAAUGAGUGUUGAAGUUUACGAUGUUAUAUUUGAAGGCUCUGGUCAAACCAAAAAGUUAGCCAAAGCUGUAGCUGCGAGAUCGGCUUUGCACACUUUGUAUGGUAUUAAUUUUUUGAAAAAUAAUGUGAAUCAGGUACCUUUACCUGAAAAAUAUUUACUCCCUCAAUCAGUAGCAAGUGGAAUAUGUAGGGGUAUUCACGAAACGUUUCAAAAAGUAAUGGUCGACUAUGAAGAUUACAGAAACUGUAAAGUUCUAGCCGGAAUUGCCAUGACACGUGACGCAGAAAUGCAUAAAAUAGAAAUUAUUGCCUUAAGCACUGGCACAAAAUGCAUUAUUGGAAAAAAUGUAAGUAUGGAUGGUAAAUCUUUGAAUGAUUGUCAUGCCGAAGUGCUUGUACGAAGAUGUUUGAAAUUUUUUCUGUAUGGUCAUUUAAAGUUGAUAGCCACUGGACGGAAAAAUGAUUCAAUCUUUACCGAAUGUAAACAAACGGGUGGUUACCAACUCAAAGCCAACAUAAAGUUUCAUCUUUACGUUAGUGACCCACCUUGUGGUGAUUCAAGAAUAUAUUUGCCUGAGAAAUUUAGUCGCAAAUCUUUACAUCGUACUGCUUGUGGAGUUUUAAGAUCAAAAAAUGAAUUCAGAAACGAAUCUUUACUUAUUAAAGCUAAUGAUGGAAAUCGAACAAUAGAGUUAAUGAAACAGCAGAAACAACAGUGUAUAACAAUGUCCUGUUCUGAUAAAAUUGCCUCGUGGAACGUUUUAGGCAUUCAAGGUUCGCUUCUUAAUUAUUUCAUACGACCGAUAUAUCUGGAAAGUAUUGUUUUUGGAAAUGAUGUUUAUCCUGGAUGUAUAUUUAGAGCUCUGUGGGGCCGUUUCGAAAAAUCGCUUAAAAUGUUGCCGGAACCGUAUCAUUUAAAUAAACCUAAAAUAUGCUGUGUAAGAAAUCCUGAAAACUGCGAGUUUGUAGAACAUCCAGAUUUCAGUGUUACUUGGUCGGUCGGAUUUAAAAGCCCUGAAAUAGUUAAUUCAACAACAGGAAAAUUAGAAAAUGGAAAGAUUUCGAGUUUAAGUAAGAAAGCAUGUUUUCGUCGAUUUAAUAAAUUAUACAACAACAUUCCAAUUGCUGCUAAACGGCAGUUGAAUAGAAAACCAAAGUCGUAUUCGGAAGCAAAACAAUCUGCCUUGAAUUAUCAAGCAGCUAAAAGCGACUUGAAAGAAGCAUUUGAAAAUGCAGGUUUAGGAGUUUGGAUGAUGAAACCUUUACAUCAAGAUGAUUUUGAAUAAUAAAUUUAAUUUUAUCUUUAUCUUUGUAUUAUGAAUUCAUCUUUAUAAAUGUUGUCAUUUACCUUUAUAACAGUUAGAAAAAUACAAAUUUACUGUAUUAAUGUUAACUUUAAAUGCACAUUUUAUUAUUUUUAAAAAUGUGUUCUUGAAUGCCUUGUCAAUGGCAUUAAAGUUUUGAUAGAUUACCAAUUAACUUUUAUAUAAAACUAUAUCUGGCGUUACAAUUAUAUAUGAAAUGUAAAAGCGAAUUUGUUUAUAUAAAUUAAGCAAAAAGUUUUGGUAGAAAUCCAAGUAUGACAUUUGUUACUUUUGUUAUUUUCUUUGUUUUUUUGAAAUUUGC